GUCACGAUUGGUCGCGCUUCUUGUGACGUCCAAUGGCAGAGGCCAAAGGGAUUCCGAGGGCAGUCUCGCGGGAAAGAGGCGAGGCAGCCUGACGUCCGUUACCCAAAGUAUAUCUCUGGUCGCCUCUGAAAUUGUCUUAGUUUUUCUUUUUGACCUCUUUGUCCCCUAAUCCUCUUCCAAUAUGAGGUCGGCCAGCAGACAUGAUGAGCACCAAGGCCUUCACGUUGGUCUCUGCCGUGGAGCGGGAGCUGCUGGUAGGUGACAAGGAGCAGGGGCACAUCGAAUGCGUGGAGUGCUGUGGCAAGAACCUGUACGUGGGCACCAGUGACUGCAUCGUCUACCACUUCCUGCUGGAGGAGAGGGCGCAGCCUGCAGGGACGGCCACGUUCUCUGCCACCAAGCAGCUGCACCGGCACCUGGGCUUCAGGAAGCCAGUGAGUGAGCUGCGAGCGGCCUCGGCCCUCAACAGGCUGCUGGUGCUCUGUGACAACUCCAUCACCCUGGUCAACAUGAUGAGCCUGGAGCCUGUCCCCUCGGGGGCUCGCAUCAAAGGGGCCGUGGCAUUGGCCUUGAACGAGAACCCUGUGAGCGGAGACCCGUUCUGCGUGGAAGUCUGCAUCAUCUCGGUCAAGCGCAGGACCAUCCAGGUGUUCCUGGUGUACGAGGACCGGGUUCAGAUCGUCAGGGAGGUGUCGACGCCGGAGCAGCCCCUGGCCGUGGCUGUGGACGGCCACUUCCUGUGCCUGGCUCUGACCACCCAGUACAUCAUCCUGAAUUACAACACAGGCGUCGCCCAGGACCUGUUUCCUUACUGCAGCGACGAGAAGCGACCCAUCGUCAAGAGGAUCGGGAGACAGGAGUUCCUCCUGGCAGGCCCCGGAGGACUGGGCAUGUUUGCCACGGUUGCCGGUAUAUCUCAGCGAGCCCCCGUGCACUGGUCGGAGAACGUGAUUGGGGCAGCCAUCUGCUUCCCGUAUGUCAUAGCUCUGGAUAACGAAUUCAUCACGGUGCACAGCAUGUUGGACCAGCAGCAAAAGCAGACCCUGCCCUUUAAGGAGGGCCACAUUCUCCAGGAUUUUGAAGGAAGAGUGAUUGUCGCCACAAGCAAAGGAGUUUACAUCUUGGUUCCGUUACCCCUGGAAAAGCAAAUACAGGAUCUUCUAGCAAGCCGUAGAGUGGAAGAGGCUUUGGUUUUAGCCAAAGGAGCCCGGAGGAACAUUCCAAAAGAAAAAUUUCAGGUAAUGUACAGAAGGAUUCUGCAGCAGGCGGGGUUCAUACAGUUCGCACAACUUCAGUUUCUGGAAGCUAAAGAGCUCUUCAGAAGCGGCCAGCUUGACGUCCGGGAGCUGAUCUCUCUCUACCCCUUCCUGUUGCCCACCUCUUCCUCAUUCACACGGUCCCACCCUCCUCUCCACGAGUAUGCAGACCUGAACCAGCUGACCCAGGGGGACCAGGAGAAGAUGGCCAAGUGUAAGCGCUUCCUCAUGAGCUACCUGAACGAAGUCCGCAGCACAGAGGUCGCAAAUGGCUACAAAGAGGACAUCGACACGGCCUUGCUCAAGCUGUACGCGGAGGCCGACCACGACAGUCUGCUGGACCUCCUGGUCACCGAGAACUCCUGUCUUCUGACGGACAGCGCUGCUUGGCUCGAGAAGCACAAGAAGUAUUUUGCACUUGGACUGCUCUAUCAUUAUAAUAACCAAGACGCUGCGGCAGUGCAGUUAUGGGUGAACAUUGUGAACGGGGACAUUCACGACUCCACUCGCUCAGACCUAUACGAAUAUGUCGUUGAUUUCCUUACCUAUAGUUUAGACCAGGAACUCGUGUGGAAGUACGCUGAUUGGGUCCUGCAGAAAAGUGAGGAGGUUGGAGUUCAAGUUUUCACCAGGAGACCUUUGGAUGAACAGCAGAACAGUUUUAAUCCCGACAGCAUUAUCACUUGCCUUAAGAAAUACCCUAAAGCCCUUGUUAAGUAUCUGGAACAUCUGGUCAUAGACAGGAGACUGCAGAAGGAAGAGUACCACACACACCUGGCGCUCCUCUACCUGGACGAGGUGCUGCAGCAGAGGCCCGGCGCCAACAGCAAGGGUGCGGAAGCGACGGAGACUCAGGCGAAGCUGCGACACCUGCUCCAGAAGUCUGACUUGUACCGAGUCCACUUCCUGAUAGAUAGAGUCCGGGGCGCCGACCUCCCCAUGGAGAGCGCCAUCCUGCACGGCAAGCUGGAGGAGCACGAGGAGGCCCUGCGCAUCCUGGUGCACGAGCUGCAGGACUUCUCAGCGGCUGAGGACUACUGCCUGUGGCGCUCCGAGGGCAGAGACCCGCCGUACCGGCAGCGGCUCUUCCACACGCUGCUGGCCAUGUAUCUCCAGCCCGGCCCCUCCGUGCCCGAGCUGGCCGUGGCCGCCACGGACCUCCUGAACCACCACGCAGCCGAGUUCGACGCCGCCCACGUCCUGCAGCUGCUGCCGGGCACCUGGUCGGUGCAGCUCCUGCGCCCGUUCCUGACCGGGGCCGUCAGGGACAGCGUGCACGCCCGGAGGACCACUCAGGUGGCCCUCGGCCUGGCCAAGUCCGAAAACCUGAUCUACAAGUACGACAAGAUGAAGUUGAAAGGAAGCUCAGUUCGGCUUUCGGACAAAAAGCUCUGCCAGAUGUGCCAAAAUCCCUUUCGUGAGCCCGUGUUUGUUAGGUAUCCAAAUGGUGGUCUCGUCCACACCCACUGUGCUGCCGGCAGACACACGAACCCCAGCCCCCCCGGCCCUGGCGCACGGACUUGAGGAGGCCCACCCGAGGGCGUGAGAAGGACCCUGAGCUCUUUACCAAGCCUGCUGGGUGCAGAGAGCAGAAGCCGCUGCACUUGUGCCAGCCAGGACGAAGGGGUGACAUCUGGGUGCUGGGGAGACGUCGGUCAACGUGAAACAGGGGCUCUUCACUGCUGACCACUCUACAUUGAAUGUAAAUGGAAAAUCCCACAAACAGAGACAUGUUAGGGUUCGCCCGUCCCGGUACUUUGUAAUCCAAAACGAAUGCCUACUUUGAAAGAAAACUGAGCCUUCUCUCUGCAGUGUGGACAUCCUGGAUUCCCCCACUCCGGUGCCCUAGUCUCCAGAUGUGCAUUUGCACUGGGAACGUGCUCCAGGGUGGCACAGGGAUGAAAAGCUCGCUCGGCAGGGUGAGGAGCCGCACGGUUGCGAGCAGGGGCUGGGGCGGAGGGGGGCUGUCUGUUUCCAGGAUUACCUCGUGGGCUCCGCCUUUGCCCUUAGCUGACCUUGGGGAAAUCUUUUUGUUCUUCCUACUUCCCGUGUGACUCUCAACCCCUAAAGGAUUCUGCCUUGUUUACCCGAGCACCCCCUUUCGGGGGAAUUUGUACGCUUCUGGCUGCCUCGCCAGUGAGGACCUGUCGGAAAACGGUGUAGCCCCAAGAGAGAAGCCGCUCGCCCCAUCUGUAAGAGGACAGUGGACGGGAGACCUGUGGCAGGUGAGGGCCCGGGUUUCGGUCCCUGUACUGUCACAACACCUGCCAAUUUGAAACUCCGCAAUUGACAUGUUUGACUAAAAAGUUUUAUUUGAAGUUCUGUCAUCUCUGCAGUUUUUCUCUUGUUUAGAAAUUCAUCCGUCAUAUCCGUUAGGGACAUUUUUUUUUUUUUCCUUGUUAAAAUGUACCUCCUACUGAACACUCGGGAAAUUAAAAGGGAAACGUUACGAGCACAAGCCGAGCAGAAUUUCAGGAGAGGCCGGUUUUAACCUCACACCCUCAGCAGGACGGGCAGCGGUGACAGCUGCCUUCGCCCGUGACCGAGAUGUCUAUCAUCUUUCCUGCCGGGUGCUUCUGCACACCCCGAUGAGGAAGUCCAGUCAGGCUGCCUUACCUCCCAGCACUUUACACGCCUGCUCUGAGGUUUCCUGAACUCACAGGAGGAGUCCCUCUUGUUCACCACAGACUGAGUCAUUUUGUGUCUCCGCCUAACGUCGUGGAGGAGCCGAAGCCGUCCCUCCUUCGCUGCCCUGUUUUGAAUUUCAUCGUUGGGAUUAAUGAUUCUAUUAAGAACUAACACUAGACACUUGUACCCCCUGCUGUAGCGUUAGGGAAACAAGCAUUAGCUCGUGUGUCACAGGAGAGGACCCUGGAACAGAGCCUCUCUCCGUCGGCCCGGGCCUCACAGAGCGGGGGUGAAGCGCUCCUUGUCCGUUGUCUGAACAGUGCUCUCCUGUACUAAUAAUGGUCAGUAUUCUUCGUCCUUCUGUGAUUCCGAGUGGCCCAAGAAAGCAAAGGCGCCUCCGCGUUCUUCCUGUGUCUCCGUCUAAAGAAUAAAUGAAGAAACUCUUGCAACUCAGCCACACACUGCGUACGUGGGGAUGAAGCCCAAGUCCGGUCAUGAGUUUGACAGCUCGACCCUGUGGAUGACUGUUCCGGGAUGGUCAUAUAUACUGUGCACGUUAUGGUUACAACUCACGAGCUCGUGUUUAUUCCUCCAAGAACAAGCCCCUAGCACGUACCGUGUCACGCUUCCGAAAGCGCUGUUUCGCUGGACACGACGUGGGUAAAAUCUUGAGAGCACCUUGUGAUUGCUCAUUCCUAACUUGGGGGCACUAGUCUCCGCUCUCUCCGAACACUGGUCGGUUUUUUUUUGAAACGUUUCUCGUCCUUUAGAAUGACGGGGAUUAAAGCUGAGUGGCCUCCUGUGUUCAGAACCGUACCUCGUUCUCCUCUUUCUCUGACGUCCACGGGCCCUUUUUUGCAAAUCAGAUUUUUAAAAGACAUAGUUCUCUCUAAAGGCCUGCUGUUUUGUGACUGUGCCAUUGAGUGGAACAAUUAGAACAUUGCUCAGCCCUUUUCUCCCCUCAUUAGGUUCCGUGUAACCAUUCUAGUUAAAACAGCAUGAGCCGAACCCAGUUGGCAUUAAUAUUCGAGGGGCAAUACUGUUAGAUUUUAUGAACUGUUUCUCUGCUGUUGCCCCGCAGGUGUUCAUAUGGGCAUGUCCUGUAGGGUGUGGAGCAUUGGGCCUGAGCUCAGAGCAGGAUGCCUCCUGCCCAUGACCUUGGUGAGUGCAGAGCAGCUCAGGAGGCCGUGGGGUCACACCAUCAAACCCAUGCCCGUCGCACAAUGAGGGUAGCCCUUGCUUUUCGCUUGUUCUCCUACGGAAACUUUUGUCCUUGCAACUUUAUCCUUCACCCCUGGUCGGGUCCCAAAUACACAAGAUGUACAGAUGUAAACUUGUUGAUUUUAUUAAAAUUCUUUUAAUUCUU